GCCGAACAGAAUUAGAACUCCCGGAGGGUAGACGUGGUUACCCAAAUUCAACAACAGUGGAUUCCUGGCCAUGGAUUUUUAAAGAAUUUCGAAACCAUGGUUACGCCACGCUAUAUAGCGAAGAUGACGCGUAUUACAACGCAUUCAACUAUCGGCUACACGGAUUCCGCGAUCCACCCGCUGAUCACUAUACACGCCCGUUUUGGCAAGCUGCCCGCACUGCAGGUUACUGUAUCAAAUCAACACCCCAACCGCAACUUCAUUUUGACUACGUGGAAAGCUUUAUGAAGGCUUACAAAAAUCAGCCCAAAAUUGGACUAUCGUUUCUGGCUGAAAUUUCGCACAGUAACAUGAACACUUUGAGUCCGACAGAGGGGUUUGUUUUGAAUUUUUUCAAGUCUAUACAGGAAAAAGGAUAUCUAAAUGAUACGAUACUUAUAACUUUCAGCGAUCAUGGAAUGAGAUUCGGAGAGGCAAGAGCUACAAUGCAAAGUCGCCUGGAGGAGAGGCUACCAUUUCUGUCAAUCACCUUGCCAGAAAUAGUCCGCCAGAGGUUUCCACAGUUAAGUGAUAAUCUGAAAGCUAAUAGCAACAAACUCCUCUCCCCGUUUGAUAUACACGCAACAUUACGCCAUGUUCUAAAUUAUCCCAAGAACGAACCGGAGAAAAUUGGUCGUAGUCUUUUUCAAAGCAUCCCUAAAGAUAGAAGCUGCGCGGCAUGCGGGAUACCAGUGCAUUACUGCCCGUGCGUUCAGCUGCAAAAAAUAACUACUGCGCAUUUUCAUGUCCAGAAGGCCGCAGAAGGCUUGGUAGCUCAUCUUAAUAAAAUCCUAAAUGCCGACAAACUUGCUUCACAAAUGUGCGCAAACCUAAAACUUGGCGAAGUUAGAUCGGCUUACCAAAAUUUAAACCAUCCCAAGUUGGUAAAAUUCGUGGGAUCUAAAGAUAUCGACGGUCGCAUCCCUUGGUUUGGGAAUGACACAAGUGAUUACGAGUGUAAUUAUCAGUUAUUGAUCAAAACUGUCCCGGGGAAUGGGUUGUUCGAGGUGACCACUCAACUGCUGGAUGGGAAGUUUCAUUACGGGAAUGAAAUUAGUCGUAUUAAUAAGUACG